AUGGUCCAACGCCAUGGGAAGUGGGGGUACGUGUGCAACCAGGAGUGGACAUUGACGGAGGCCUCUGUGGUCUGCAGGCAGCUGGGCUGUGGUCCUGCCAUAGGUGCCCCCAAGUACGUCCCACUGCCUGGAGAGAUGAGCCAGCCAUGGUUGCACAAUGUGUCCUGCUGGGGCAAUGAGUCCUCCCUCUGGGAGUGCAGCCUUGGGGCCUGGAGUCAGAGAGCAUGCCCCCACGAGUGGAGAUUGCUGUGGCCAAGUGGCAGGCUGCAGACUCCAGGCAACUGUGGCAGGCAGGGUCUCCACCUCUGUACGCUGGGUUUGUGCUCCACAGAUGGCACUUUCCGGGAGAUCCGGCUGGUGAAGGGCCACAGUCCUUGUGCAGGACUCCCUGAGAUCAGGAAUGUGAAUGGGGUGGACCGCCUCUGUGGCUUGCAUGUGGAGGAGGCCACAGUGUUCUGCCGGGAGUUGGAGUGUGGCCCUGCACUCCAGGCCUCCCGCCGUAAUGUAGGCCUUGUGGAGAAGUACAUGGCCUGCAGGGGCACGGAGCCCACCAUCCGCACCUGCAGACUCAACAAUAACCUGCGCAGCGGCUGCGACCUCCAGCUGGACGUGGAGGUGGUCUGCUCAGGACACAUGGAGACACGGCUGGUGGGUGGCGACCACUCCUGUGCUGGGUACCUAGAGGUUCUUCGGGGCCUGACCUGGGGCACUGUCUGUGAUGCUGACUUGGACCUGCCCACAGCCCAUGUGGUGUGCCGGGAGCUGGGGUGUGGGAUAGCUGUGUCUGUAUCUGGAGGCACUCACUCUGCCCGAGGCUCAAAGCCCAGAUGGACAGAGGCAUUCCACUGUGUGGGCAAUGAAUCAAUGCUGUUCUACUGUCAAAGAGAGCCUGGGCACAGGUGCUCACAUAACCAGGAUGCCAUGCUUAUGUGCUCAGAGUUCCGUCUGGUCAAUGGCAGCAACAACUGCGAGGGCCGCGUGGAACUCCAGGUGCAGGGGGUCUGGGCACCCCUGUGUGCCACCCACUGGGACUUGGCAGAUGCCACAGUCCUGUGCCAGCAGCUCAACUGCGGCAGCGCAGCAGCCACACCCGGAGGAGGCCAUUUUGGCGAAGGAGAUGCUCCCUGCUGGCAGGACGUGUUCCACUGCGUGGGCACAGAGCCCCAUCUGUUGAGCUGCCCGGCGAGCACCCUGGGGGCCCAGGCUUGCACCCAGGGAAAUUCUGCCUCAGCAAUCUGCUCAGGCCUCCCCAACGCCCUGAGGCUGAGGGAAGGCCAGAGCCGGUGUGAUGGGCGCGUGGAGGUGUCCCUGAGAGGCGAGUGGGGCCGCGUGCUGGAUGACGCCUGGGACUUGCGUGGCGCCGCGGUGGUGUGCAGGCAGCUGGGGUGCGGUGGUGCGGAGCGAGCCUAUGACGCGCCAGCCCCGGGCCGCGGUGCGGGCCGGGUUCUGCUGAGCCGCGUGCGCUGCCUGGGCUCCGAGGCUCGCCUGACCCAGUGCAAUGUGUCCACCUCCCUGCGGGUGCGCGCGGGGACCUCGAGGGACGCGGGCGUGGUGUGUGCGGGUGAGUGAGGGUCUCUGUGUCCCCGCCUCCUGGGUGGGGCUGGGUCCCAUCCUGCCCCAUCUCACCGCGUCCCUCCCGGUGCCGCAGGGAGCCUCCGGGUGCGCCUGGCUGGGGGCCCUGGCCGCUGUGCGGGCCGCGUGGAGACGCUCCGCUGGGGCACGUGGGGCACCGUGUGCGACGAUGCCUGGGACCUGCGGGACGCGCACGUGGUGUGCAGGCAGCUGAGCUGUGGCCGUGCCCUCCGCGCCCCCGGGGCGGCCCGCUUCGGCGUGGGGACGGGGCCCAUCUGGAUGGACCAGGUGGAUUGCCUGGGCAACGAGUCUGCCUUGUGGCAGUGUCCUUCACGGGGCUGGGGCCGGCACGACUGCAGCCACAAGGAGGAUGCUGGGGUCUUCUGCUCAGAAUUCGUGGCACUGAGGCUUCAUGGCAGUAGUGGAGACUGUGCUGGCUGGCUGGACGUGUUCUACAAUGGGUCCUGGGGUGCUGUGUGCAGCAAUGCCCUCAGGGAUGUCUCCUUGACCAUCAUCUGCAGGCAACUGGGGUGCGGGGACCAGGGCUGGCUGGAGAGGAGUUCUUCCCCUCUGGCAGGCUCUGGCAUCUCCUGGGUAGACAGAAUUGAGUGCCGCAGCCCACACAGCUCCAGUCUGUGGCAGUGUCCCUCUGCACCCUGGCACCCACGCUCUUGUGCCCCAGGAGAGGAGGUCUGGAUUUCCUGUUCAGGACUGUCACAGACAGUACCACCAGCUUCUGGGGAGACGCUCAACUGCUCAUCCUCACUCAGCUGCCAAGAGGAGGGAGCACUGCGGGUGAGCGGGGGCCCAGACGGCUGCUCUGGACGUGUGGAGGUCUGGCACGCAGGCUCCUGGGGCACUGUGUGUGACGACUCCUGGGACAUGGCUGAUGUGGAAGUUGUGUGCCGCCAGCUGGGCUGUGGCCAGGCCAUGGAGGCAGUGCCAGGGGCUGCCUUUGGGCAGGGCUCAGGGCCCGUGUGGCUGGAUGAGGUGGGGUGCCAUGGCAGUGAGUCAUCCCUGUGGGGCUGCCCUGCAGAUCUGUGGGGACACAGAGACUGCACGCACAAGGAGGAUGCUGGUGUGCGCUGCUCUGGUGAGUGGAUAGGAAGGGGCAGCAGAGACAGGGUGACCAGGAUGAGUUUUUGGAGUGCUUCUACCUUCUGCUCAGCCAGCUCUCCUAGCAUAGGCCCUGAGGUAGAUGUUCUGCUGGAUGGGAUAGCACAGGAUGCCUGUUCUGUCCUGUGGGGCUCAGGGUAUCCCCCAAGAACCAUGGCAUUGGAUUCUCCUACCUGGGUCCUCUACAAGGGGAGCUUGGCCCUGCUGCCUGGGGCUAUCUCUGUGGCAGUGGCAGCAGCCUUCCUAGACCUCAGCCCAGGGUCACAAAGCCCUGGGCAGUUCAGGCCCCGCCUCUCUCUGUGCCCCACAGCCCCUUCUCAGGCUCCUCCACCUGCGCCUACAGUCUGGACUCUGCCUGAAAUCUCCUGCCUGGUCCUUGGCUGCUUUAUGGUCCUGACCUUCCUAGCCCUGGGUACUCGGGGGUGUUGUGGCAGAUCCCACCCUAGGACACUGAGUCUGUCCAUCAGUGAGGAGCAUUGCUUUUUAAGGGGUUCAUAUGUCCCAGCACCUAUGAAGGAUGCAGAGGCAUGGGAGAGUGGGCUGUGCCUGCAGGAUGGCUUUGUCUUUGAAGGUUCUGUUGUGGCAUUUGCAGGUUCUGGAAUGUCUGGGCACGUGCCAUCAGAAGGUGUCUAUGAGCACAUUGAAGCUGCCUCUGUGGAGGAGAAGGAGGAGGAGCCCAUGGUGUCCAGAGACUCGGUGCAGGAGCAGGAUUAUGACGAUGCAGGAGACACAGAGCAAGACCCUGGGGAUGAGGAGGAGCAGGCUGGGGCACUCCUGAGCCCAGCAGGUGUGCACCUCUGUGCCCUGGGGUCCAUCGCCCUCCUCCUGCUAUACUGCUCUCAUGCUGGGGGCUCUGCUCUGGCUGGCACCUAUAUUUAAAGGAUCAAAGAGUUGCUUUUCUGUGUCCCUGAGCCUUAAUCCCAUCUCUGGCCUAGGGCAUUUUGCCCUUAAGUCUGCUCCUUAGUCUAGAGUCUUGUAACUGCCAGACAUGUGGUCAGGGAGGUCUUUGUUUUUCUUUUGACUUCUUUCAUAUGUUCCCAGAGGUGCACAUAUAAGCACCUGGCACCCAGUGGCUUCAGGAGGGACUCUGGGUGGACAGUGGCUUAGAGUGGUGGUCUCAGUGUGAGAAGCAAUCUCACUGUCACCUGUUCAGCCUAUUCAACUGUGGUCUAUACCUCUGUGUUUUCACCCUGCAGAGGGAAAGCUGGGGCUGAGAGAUCCCUGGGGACAACAGUGGGCAUGUCUCUUAUUAAACACAGGUGGGGCUCCUUGCAGCCUUGGCCCUGAUGCUCAGAUGGGUACAGAAGAUCUUGGCAGCCUCUUGGGCCAGCAUGUGAUGAUCCUGCACUGACCAAAGGGGACAUUAAUCUGUCCAGAGCAUGGUAUAACUAAACCCAGGAGACUGGGGCUUUCCUUGUCCUUAUUCUUUAAACAU